AUGUCAGACUCUUGGGCACGGGUGACUUCCAUCAGACUUUAGUGUGUUUGCUACAGUAUGUAUUGUAUAUUGUGUUUGUUAUAUGGCAUUUUUUCAUUAAAUAAAAACUAAAAACUUUCUUUUUUACACAGACCUUUUAAACACGCUGUAUUUGUAUGUUUUUGUGUUUCUAAUUCAAUGUAAUCUUUGUAUGGAAAUAUGGAAAUCUUAAACACCUUAUUGCUCAUUUAGAGAAGUCUUUAUUUGACAGAAUAAUUCUCCUGCUGGACAAACUAAUAUUCAAAUCAAACUAGAGAACAAAUGUGUUCAGAGUGUGGAUUUUACAUGGUCUCUGAGGCACAGGCAGUUUGUCAGACAUGUUUAAGAGACAUUUUCAGAAGGAUUUUAAAGGGAGAACAUUUGGAUAAUUGUCUGAAUACGUCAAAUCUGCAAAAAAGUAAUACAAAAACCUCCGUUUUGGCUAUAGGCAUAGAUUAAAUUGUUAUUUUAAACAUUGGUAUCAGUACAACUAUUAUUUUCACAAUUCGUGCCCCUUUACUGUAAUAAUAAUGCAUCAGAUUUCAUAUAGCGCUUUAUCAGAGACCCUCAAAGCGCUUUACAUUGGAUACAUCAUUCAUUCGCUCACACAGUCACACUUUUGGUGGUGGUAAACUACCUUAGUAGUCACAGCUGCCCUGGGGCAGCCUGAAGGAAACGUGGCUGCCAUUUUGCGCCUACGGCCUCUCCGACCACCACCACACAACACUCACAAUCAUACUGUGUGGAUGUCUUUGCUUAUUUUGAUACUUUUAGAAAUGAUUUAGUUUUGGUUUCAUGUAAUCCACUGUGAACAGCUUGUGUAUGAUAUGGUGUCGCAGUAAAGCUGUCAAAUAAAACAAAGUGAAACUGAUAUGACGUAAAAACAUGACAAAAUGCAUUACCCUAUCAGUGUUACCAAGUUAGACAACAUACAGUACAUACUAUUGUGUAUUGUGGAUGUGUUAAAGAAAAUGUAUUCAUGACUUGCUUUUCGUUUCUUCUUUUUUCUGCCGCAGUUUGUGACAAAUUCAUUUUCUUUUUUUCUUUUUCUGUCUAUAAUCUCUUUCUUUAACUCUUUUAGAAACACGUCACAUGUUGUGGUCUAUGUUUUUGCAUCUUCUGGCAACCAACUUCAACUUACUCUAGCAUGUGUUACAACCCUGCAAGUGGAGUUGGUUGUGACAAAGUGACACCCUGUUUUUGUAUUAUAUUUCUGUAGAGGAUUGAAUUAGUUCUUUUGUUGUAAACAAAAAUGGGUUCUUCACAUAAAAAAUUGCAAAUUCUAGCUCAAAAAUUCUGUAUUUACAGGUGCUGAAGCAAAACAUGUUACAGUCAUCUCUGGUUUCCUCUACUUUACUGUAUUUUUGACAUAAGUGGCACAAAAAACUACAUUCAUUGUUAGUUGAAUGGGCAAUGGUUAAGAGCAAGUACAAGUAGGCUUAUCAGGUAAUCUCUGAUUAAUACAUGAGUUAUAACAACUCGGAAAUUAAUGCAAAUUUAAUAAGUUUUAGCACAAUAGGGGAGAGUGGGGUAAGUUGAGCCAACCCCUGUUGCUUGGAAAUGGUAAAAGAAAUUGAUCAUGUGACCAAAUAUUUAGGAGAUGGGCAUCAAUUCAUGGAGUCUGUGAAGGUUAGAAGCACAUGGGUGAAGGGGUUAGACAUUUAUUUACAAAAAAAAACAUUUUUCACUCUUGAAAGUGAAUUUAGUCUGUCAUUAGUUUUAUUAGAAUUGUGUUCAGACCAAAAAUGAUUAUUUUAAAUUUGUUUUAUACAUCAGUUGUGGUAUCUAUGAGCCACAACAUGAGGUCAAAAACCAACAUAAAGUCCACCAUUUUAACUUAGAGGACUAAUGAAGUCAUAAUAGUAGUUCUGGGGUAAGUUGAGCCAGUGGUUCAACUGAAAAAGUAAAGAAGUCUGAUGAGAGGAUCAGAGUUUCAGUUCAGAUUGUUAAAAUGUUUUACUUUUUCUUUUCAAAAAUACAGCUGUGAAUGUUCUGAAUCACUUAAAAACAUUCUCAGGUUAAAAUGACUUUUUACAAAACAGCUUUUUAGCAGUUAUAUGCAAUAAUAAUAAAAAGAAUUAUUGUACCAGCUAAAUAGCGUUUAAUAGAUAAAAAUACACAUGAAUGUGAAGAAGUGACUGAUAUUUAGGGAGAGAGAAGGUGAGGGAGGGCUGGGGUGAAGAAUAGAGGGUGAAGUAGGGAUACAACUUACCCCCUGUAUGGGGUAAGUUGACCAUAGGAGACCACUUUUUUUGGCAUGCUAUAUUAUCAAGACAGUUAUGUUUACACUCAUUCUGUUGGUUUGCAGGGAUGCACAACAUCUUGAAAUAUAUGCAGAUACACUAGUUAGAGACAAAACUAUGAUCGCCUGGAUGUAGUGAACCGAAAUAUGAAAAAUGGCUCAUCUUACCCCACUCUCCCCUAUUUACUGAUCAAGAUUUUAUGAUUUCAUGUAACAUGCCAAGUUCAUGUUUACUGAACUCGAGAAAAUCACAAUUUAUUUCUGACUUGUGCAUUUGCUUUGCCUCUCAUAUGAUUGUAGAUGCUCCUCCAAACACAUGAAUCUUUCCCAUUCAGACGUCUGAACAAUAUGCUCACAUGUAUGAAAUUUGGGAAAACUGAAAUCCAUCAGACUUGAAGAAUAUCAACAUUUCUACUCACUAAAGUAUGAUUACAUUUGCUCUUCUGUCGUUAGGCGUCCUCCUAGUUACAUUCAUACUGUCACAGUGCUGUGUAUGCGUGUAUGUGUGUAUGUGUGUGAGGCACACGGUGUACACCUGCAUGCUCUCCUUCCUGUGCAGUUAGACGGCAGCUUCACAGCGUACUUGUUCGAAACUGGGAAAGUCGCCCAGCCUCCGCCUGUGGGUUGAACUACACCUGGGACAGCGGGCUGAUAUCAUUCAGCGACAGCAAUGCGGUAAAAAGAAACGUGGAGAAACCUCUGCGGUAGUAGACGGUGAGUCCAGGAUUUCGGGCUGUUUUAUAUUCGUCUCUCUCUCCCUCUGUCUCUCUCUGUGAGUUCAGUUCGGUGUCUCUUUGUUUAGCCACUAGCUCCACGUUAGCUGCUUCCGGAAAACAACCUCCACACAGGUAAGGCGAGUUUCGGUCUCCACUUGGGGUAAUUCUGUCCUUUCACGGAACCAGUUUACAAACAAACCUGUUCCGGGCGUUUGUAUUAGAAGAAGGUUUGUGUUUAAUGGAGACUGUGUGGAUGUAUGAGAGCUCAAACCCGGUCGUUGUCAUAAAAGUGAGUUUACGUGCUCAAGGUGUGCUGCAGUGAGCGCUUUCUCAGCAGGAAUUUUUUUUUUUUUUUUGCUGAAAGUGAAGCCAUGAUGUCAGGGCUGCUACCAUGAUCAUGUUAGAGCCCAUGUGACUGAUACACAGGCCUGUGUGUAACUUUUAUUACCUCUUCUGUCAUUUGGAUCUGUCACAUUAGGAGCAAACCAACAGCCAUACACUGACAAGAGGGGGGGCAGUGAGUUAUUUAUGGUCUCAGUGACAACACACAUCCAGGCAAGGCUCGGGAGUCAUUACAUUAUGCCCUUGUUACUGUUGUUGAGCUGCUUUUCAGCGUUCAAACAGCAUGCAAAUGGUGUUUUGAAAAAUAUGGAAGUAAAUCUGUGCCAUCUGAUUUUGAAUUUGAAUGCCAAAAGGUGAAUUUUUUUUUCAUCAAAAUCAAUUUGAAUUUCAAAACCAUCGAAUUUCAAGCACGCAUUUUUAUUUCUGACACUAAUUUUUUUCACAAUGAUGAAAUAAAUUAAGUUUUUAAAAAAUAGGUCUCAAAAAUAUUUGUUUAGUAAAAAUUCAGGUCCUUACACUCCGGGAAUGACACAAAUAUACAAUGCAAAAUUACAUAAUAUUCAGAGGCUAAUUUUGACGCACCUGACUAUACACAUCAAGCUUUCUGGGAGGAAAAAAUACGUGUCCCGGGUGGAAGCGAGAAGACUGACACAACAGCAGACUGACUGUUUUUCAGUUCUGAUUAGAAACUAGUGUUGAGAUGACUGUCUGUCAUGAUAGCAUGUACUAAGUACCAGAUAAGCACAUUAAACUAUAAUCCAUAAACGUAAAGUAACAACUGAGACCUAAUGGUGCUGUGACAGCAACGCUUUUGAGUUUGAGACAGUGAAAAUACUUAUGGUAUGUUGUAUCUGAACAGGUUAGCUUACAAGCUAAAGUUACUUAGCACAGAUGAAAGUUAAAACAAAGACGUUUAGCAAACUCUCAUCAUAUGAGAGAUCCGACACUAUGACUCUCCACAAGUUGUCCUUCAGGUCGUUUUCUUUGUAAUAUUUGAGGGUUUUUUUUAUCAAAAAGCACUCUGUUCUCCAACAUGGAAACAAUUAGCCGGUCGGCCAUGUUGGGUAAACCGGUGAAUCUGAUGUCCCAACAACACGCAAUUUGAUUGGUCAGAAGUGGACUCACAGUAUGCGAAACUUUAGAAAAAUCGACCACGAUCCAAAAAAAUAAAUGCCGCAAUAUCGCUGAACAGGAAAACGUCGCUGAUGUGAACGCUUGUAUUGACAGGAUACGAGUUAAAAAAAAGUAUUGAUGUCCGAAAUAAUCGCACGACAAAAUCGCUCCCAGUGUGUAAGGACCUUAAAAGAGACCGACUCAACAUCUGGGUAACCAGGGAGAAGCAAUCGAUUCCUGGCUCAAUCAUCGAUUGUAAGUGUUAAAAUUACUAUUUAAAACUAGGAUAAACUCAAAAUAGUGAGCAAAAGUGACAGUUAAAUUGUUAAAGUAUUAAAGCCGAAGCGGUGAAAAAAAAACAGGUUAAAAUGUUGCUGAAAAGAGGAAAUUCUUUUAGAAGUUGACCAUAGACUGUUGACAUUUAGAAAUGCCUCCACACAGACAAUCCCACCACAAGAUUAUAUACAUAUAUGUGUACAUAAAGGCACAGCUACCACCAAGUGGAGCCUUGGAAACAAAAGAGGUUGGAUCUCAUACACUACAUUAUUUAAAGUGAAAACCAAACUCACCACCGCAGAAGGACUGUGUCUGUCACUUGUUAAGCUGAGCCAGGUCCAUAGCAAUCCCCAGGGUAUCUAGUGCUGUCAAAUCUAUUUAGUCUUGCAUCACUGUUUACUUCAGGACGGUUUUUAAAUGAUGGACCAGCAGUUGAUACUAGUUUUCAUUCUUCCACAAAUAUUCUGUCAGUGUUAGCCAGAUGACUGUAAAUACAGACAGGGUUUGAGUCUUUUCUGUUAUAUGACAUAGCAAGAUGAGCCAGUACACAUUUAGAAAAUAAAAUGUAUUGCUUUCUAAAAUAAAGAAGAGGGAAGUGCAAAUUAAAACAGUGGUAACUUUAUACCAAUAAUGUUGAUGCUCAGACCCGACUAAUUCAGUGGACCCUGUAGGUACAUUAAUUUAAGCUGAAAAAACUACCCUAUUUGACAUCUUUGUUGUAUAAGUUACUUAAAGAUUUAAAUGACAGGUUAGAGUUUAUAAAUGGGUAUUGCUCUAUAAGGGCUGUUGGGAAACCUCAAACACUAAAACUUUUUAGAUGUUAUUCAGCCUGGAGGUGUAGGAUUGACAUGCUUUCUUCUUUCACCAUCUUAAACAUUAGAAUAAUAGUAAGAUAUUAAUUUCGCAUCAAUAAUAAUUCAAUAGAUGUAUAAUUUCCAGAAAAGAACCACUCCUCACUUUGAGUUGUUGUCGUUUAAAGGACUGGAGUAAAUCUUUUGGCACUGGUCAAGAUUAAAAAGUGACACACAUGCUAAAUUUAGCCUCACUUGGCGUGAUUAUUUAUAGCUACACUAUCACUUCAAAUGGUAGGUCUUCAAAAGAGCUACUUUUGUACCUCUGUUUGAUGAAAGUAUUUUGGUAUUUAGGCCAUGUCUGCAGUUGCUGUUGAAAGCUGGUACACAGACCAAAAAGCUAAAGCCUUUAAGCUGAAAUAGAGAAAAACAGUACCAAAAUAAAGCAAAGUCAGACAAUGGGAAGUCUGACAAAGCCACAUCCAAGGCAGCCAUUUUCAGACUUUAUCUAUUUAAAGCAAAGUCAAACAUCAGCUGCCACUCAUCUCUGUUGAUUCAGUGAGUGAUGCACAGUGGUGGAAAAUAUGCUGAGGGCUUUUGUUCAUGAACUCACUGUCACCAUCUUUACUUCUUACUGUACACAAAGGGAGAUAAUAAGUUAAUAACUUGGGUGGUGUUUGUUUGGUAUGUGUAGGGUUGUCUGUGUUGUUCAGUGUGAGGCCCUGAGAAUGUGAACAUGCCCUUCAUGUGUGAUGUGAAAGCAUGACGCUGACACCCCACCAUGUGUAUGUGACUCCAGUGAGGCUGAGAGUCACACUCUUGUUGUUUUCAUUAUGAAUUAUAAACUCAGAGGGCGUACACAAACUCUUGGAAAGUUUGUGUUUGUAUUUCCUGGAUUCAACUUACACAUGCAAAUCUUGGUCAUCAUAUUUAAAGCAGAGGGACUUUGCAUGUUUCCAUAUCAGUUACAUAAUGUUCAAACAGUGCUUUGAGAGGGUGUUUCCAGGAUAAAGGACUGUAGCUGAUAAAGGAAACGUGUAAGUGUUGCAGCCAUAAAGGAUAAUCUUAGACAUGUCAGGAGUUUUCUCUUGUUUAUGUAGACAGAUGACUAAGGCUCGUUCACUUCUGGGUAAGAAUUUGAUUCAUUUUCCAUUUCACGUGGAUCAUGUUUGCAUUACUUAGUUCUAUUGGUAAUUCCAGACACUGGUGCUAGGUAGACAUGACACACCUCCUGUCUCAUCUAUUGGAGAUGUUGUGAGACUAGCGUGGCCUCACCUGAGGGUGUGGCAGCACAUGUGACUCACUCAUAUCGACCAUCAAAGCGAGUGAUUUGGCUCAGCUCUGAAGGAACGUCGCCAACUUUGCCGGUAAUCCUCUGGGAGACUGGGGAACAGUGAAGGACCACAGAAGUUUUCCUCUAAAGCUCAGACUGUCACAUGAUUACGAGGCAUUUGAUUUGGAUAAAGCAUUCCUCAUUAGGCCUUGUCGUAUUGAACAGAUGUGCUUUGUUAGGCUCUUAAACUGGAAAAAGUUUAACUCCAUCAGCAACAAAACUUUAAAAAAAAUGUCUUUAAAGUCAAAUGUUUCUUGAAUAAUGAGAUUCCAGUGAUAUAAUAAUCCUACUGUAAUGCUACAUUAGGUCUGGGAUUGUAAUAGAUUGAACAUUGGGUAUUAACCUGAUGAUGAUAAAAACAAACUCCAGAGUUAAAGAAGUGCAUUUUAAAUACAAAACAAAAUGACCAGUUUAUUUUAAUCAACUAUUUUGCAGGUUAUCUCUUCUUUUCACAUAUUCAUUGAAAUAGAUGCAUGUACUGUAUAGUGACUGUGGCUUAGCGGUACAGUGGGGCACCUCUCUGUCAGAAGGUUGCUGGUUCGAUCCCAGCUCUUUCAAGUCACUUACCAAAGUCACUUACCAAAGUCUCGCUUACACUUUACAUAGAACCCUUUGCAAUCAGUGUUUGUGGUGUGGACGGGUGAGCAUGACCCACAGUCUUAAAGCGCUUUGAGUGGUCUGGGUUAUGUUAAAACAGCUGCCAAUAUCCGUCUAUUCAUCGACUAAUUAUAUUGACUAAUCCUUUUUGCACUACACAUUUUUACAUCAUGCUACAUUUUGUCACGUCUCCAUUUCACAUGGAGGAUGGGGAGAAAGAUGAGCACCUUUAUCGAUGUUUCGCAGUAUCCUUGAGAAACACAGAGAUAUAUGGCUCUGUCAGUGGUGCUAAAGCAGACGAUGAAAGAUAGGGCCUGUAGUAACCUUCAGACACAUUAAUCAGGAGGGUCACAGGGUCACUGCAGGUCUUCCUUCGAGGUUGACCUCUGGUGUAUGGAAAAACACACGUGACAUCUCUCGGUAGGACCACCUUCAGAUAGCCGAUGAAUCAUAAUAUUCAACUCAAGCCAUUCAUCGAUGAGUGUUGACAAUAACAUGAAAUACAAGAGUGCAAUGAUGGGCCUGGAAGCAAACAGUGUGUUAAAGGUAUAAUUCUUGUUUUAAGUGGGGUUGUAUGAGGUACUUAUCAAUAGUAAGUGCAUCUCCCACAGGGGUACCAGUUUACUGACGAACUGGCUUUAGCAGCAGACUGUAAGUGAGGCUAUCAACUGCAGUAGUUGGGAUCUACCACCUACUUUAGCCGAUUUAGGAAGCUCUGACCCAGACACCAGUGUUGGUGUAAGUAUUUGUCAUCAGAAAGCCUAUUUGUUUUUGCACUACUCUCAGAUAUGACGCAUGUUUUCUCAAGCUGCUUUACCCUAGUUAGUACCAAAGCUGGACUAAAACAGUGAAUAUCAUCUCAAGUAAUACCAGUGGGAGGCUGGUAUAAAAAAACUGACAAUAUUAAUUAGACCAGCUUUGAUCCACAGUACUGCAGACUAUGUGUAGCUCCUAAUUACUAGUUUGAAAGAUUUUUUCCUCUAUGCCUCAUUAACCAAUAAAAGCCUCUUUCAAUGAAUAAGUGGAACAAUGAAAGAUAUCCUUAUACCUUAGUGGACUUCAUGGGUGCCCUCUCUUAAGAGCCAUUAGUCUUAGCUUAUGAGGUUUAAAUCAUGUAGUUUCUCAUCAGUACCGCACGGUGGGUAGCAUUGGUCGAAGAAAAGCACAAAAUCCUGUAAGAAAAGAUCUACUCUUUUAUUUUCUACCAGAAACUGCUGAAAUCAAAUGAAAAUGAGAGAGUGAGCAGUGGAGUUUGAUCAUGAUAGAGAGAGAAAGAGAGUGCCAGUAAAGGAAACAAUACAACAAAACGGAGAAAGGAAAAGUUAUUUCUUUGUUACUCCACAGCUGUUACACACUAAAGAACUUGGAAACACAAACAUGUUAUCAACUGCGGGAUAAGGUACUGGAUUUGGUUUUCUUUCAGCUAACGUCAUGAUUUCUUUCAGGCUGUUCUGUCUCUCUCUGCUCCACCCUCUGUCAAAGUCACUUCACUCUUAACCGUUCUUGGUAAACAGUGACAUAAUGUGGACACACACAUAUAAGGUUAAUGUGUGUUGCAGACGCACAAGGCGAAGAGGAGAGACAAGAAUGUCCCCUUAUCCUUAUAUGUCUUUUAUUAGUUCUGAUCAACAGGAGCUUCGCUGCAGUAUUGUCUCCUUUAAAAUGACAACACUGGCUGUGUAUUGAUACUCACACCACUGCACACUGUCUUUUGGGUUAUUUAUGAUAAUCCAGAGGAAUUAUGGUGUGGUUAAAUACUCUUAGGAAGAAAAUCUCUGUUUUUUGCCUUUCAUUAUUAUUCAUGGUAUGUUAAAUGUGUGCUGUUACAUGAGAGAGUCAGGGGAGAGCAUUUCAUAUACGCGUGUUUGCAUGUUUAUUUCUCAUUUCAUCGCCUAACUCCAGAGGAAUUAUGGUGUGGUUAAAUACUCUUAGGAAGAAAAUCUCUGUUUUUUGCCUUUCAUUAUUAUUCAUGGUAUGUUAAAUGUGUGCUGUUACAUGUGCUGUACUGGCAUACGUGUAGGUCAGGGAACAAAAAUAACCAAAUUAACCAGUUUUGGAUGCCCAGGAGUUCAUUUUUAGUUGCUUUGGUAUUGGGACAGAUAUCACUAUUGUUUAAUUUUUUAUAGAUAUAGUAAAGAAGUUCAAAAUUCUGGUUGACAGGGCAUAUAAUAUUUAUCACGAAGCAAAUAACUUGGCCAAAAAAAGAGUGAACAAAUCUGAAAGAUGUUUGCACACAUAAUUGUGGUCACUCUUGUGUGUUUGCCAUCAGUCAUUCAGCCACUGAGAGUGUGAUUCCCAAAUAAGUGGAGCACAGUUUCACAGUUUCUACUGUGCGUCCCUCUCCUGUGCUACAGGAUCCGUGACCCCUAUCCAUUACAGGAUGAGGUAUCAUUGUGCAAAGUGAAGACAAAGAGAGAACGAAGCGCCAGUGUGACCUCAGACGCCGUGCAUGCAUGUGGAAAGAUGUUUGCACACAUAAUUGUGGUCACUCUUGUGUGUUUGCCAUCAGUCAUUCAGCCACUGAGAGUACUUUACCUGGGGUAGUGCAGCAUCAGCACACACACACACACACACACACAUGCACAUGCACACACACACACACACACACACACACACACACACACACACACACACACACACAUUUACUGGUGUUGACAGAGGCAGUGCAGUCAGGGCCCGUACACAUCUACGCUCAUGCACACAAAUAUGUGUCCCGACACACACUCACACACACACACACUACUCUGUCGGUGUGCUGCUAGAGAGGCAGGGCUCUGGUUUCAUUCAGGCUUCAGGCAGCUGAGAGGUUAGAGCCUUGUAUUUGCGUGCAGCAGCUACCAGGCUCCUGACAACAAAGAUAUCAUCUUGGGUGAGUCGCUUCAAGGCAGUAACAGAAGAUAAAGCCGUGUUUGUGUCUGAAAUCUGGACUGAGGUCAUAGAGAAAAAGGAGCUGAAGGUAGAUGUUUUAUUUUUUUUUUGGCGGCUUAUUUUUCAAGGGGUGCUGCGCAGGGAAAGUUUUUCUUUUCUUCACUGGGUGGAAUUUCAGGUUGGGUCGUGUGUUUCUGUCCUAAGCCUUUGACAGCAUAAACUUUUUUGAAAUGGAUAUCAGUGUUAAACUGAAACCAUUUCCUGCAUCUGAAUUGCUCUUUUCCUCUAAACCAUGAUGAGAAGUUAAUAUACACCUACUUCACAUUUUCAGACAUCUAUCAGAGUUGUUGUCAUGGAUUUUUUGGGCAUUUACUCGAUGUAUUUGGUGUCAUUGUUACCACUUUAUUUUGAGUAUAUGGUCAUGUUUGUGGAGUAUGAAGAAAAACAUUUUUCCCCAAAGAGUGAGUUCCUAAUCAGCACUCUCCAUAUGAGAAGGAAUUAAAGGAGAUUAGCAGCUGCACAAAGGGAUGGAGACCACUGCCGAUUGGGUGCACGGGGUCAUUAGUGAUGGGGGUUGUAUUUCUGCCCACUUCAUUCAAAACUCUUAUUCUCGUGCGGUGUCGUGGCUUUGUUCCCCCCCAUUAGCAGAGUUUGACUUAAGUCUGUUUUCUUGUGCCUCAUUUCCCAGAGUUUAGCUCCUGCAGCACAGUGACUUUUAGCUGAGAUGAGAAUUCCUUUUGUCCCUCAGGAAACUCGCUGAGAGGAAGCAGCUGCGGCUUGCUGCCAUAUUGCUGCUGCUCUGUGAAUUUGUCAUUUCCUGUGGAGCUGGCUGGUAUGAGUUGAAAUAGUCCAACUUGUGCAGGAGUCCUAACUGUGUUUUUCUCUCUUGACAGAAAACCAAAUGAAGACAUGGAGAUAA